UUUACUGCACUAUCGCAUCGGCGUAUCGCUUGAUUACCUUGAGGUAAAAAAAACGUGCUCUUUUUAGCAAAAACAGUUUUUGCAAAGCUUAUUCAUCGUUUUAAGUUAAUUUUUUUACAUAAAAUGUCAAAAUUGACCAAAUUUUUCGUUGGAAAUUUGCCGUGGACAGUUAGUAGCCGAGAACUCCGUAAAUAUUUUGCAUCAUUCGGCCACGUUGCUUCCGCAGACGUCUUGUUCGAUCAUUCUACUGGUUUGUCAAAGGGUUACGGAUUUGUUCAGUUUUCUACACCAGGUGGAUACGAGAAUGUUUUAAACAAUAAUAAACAUGAAUUAGACGGGCAAACAUUGGUUCUCAAAACAGCUGGUUCUCAAUAAUUGUUGUCUAAAGUAAAAUUCCUGUUUUUUUUUUUUUUGUAUAAUAGACCUAUU